UGUGUGGUCUAAUUUUUUUUAUCGUUGGAUUUAUUCCACUCAAAACGUUUCAGUUAAAUUAAAUUUUGAUUUUAAUUCAAUGUCACCUUAGACGAAAAAAAUUUAAUUCGGUUCCGUACAAACAAAAUGUGUGUAUCUUCGCGCUUCUAUUACAUGUAUUUUAAGUUCUGUAUGGCCGAAAGAGGAAACUAUCAAUAAUAAUUAUUGGCCCAGCUAGUGAUGCAAAAUGGUGGAUUACGCGUUGGAGGUUUCCUUCAUGGAUUUGUGCCGCGUUUGUGCCAAUCCGUGCACGAAGUCUCGGAGGAUUCAAUUUUUUGGAGCAGACGGCACUAGACUCAAAUUAAUAGAGAAAAUUUCAAAUCAUCUGUCCCUGUUGAUAGAAGAAAACGAUGGUUACCCAGACUUUGCGUGUGUUUUAUGCGCCUCAAAAAUAUCAAUCUGCGAUAGUCUCUACAAUAUCAGCAAAGAAGCCAACGAGCGGCUCCGCGCACUCAAAACUCAGCUUGAAUACGAAAAGAAAAAUCCAGAUAUAUCAACAGAGCAGGAAUGUGAAAGUGCGGACGAAAAUAUGUUGGAUGCAACAUACGCAAAUCAAAAUAUAAUGGAAAUGAGAUCUGACAUUGAUACAGAAAUUAAGGGAUCUUACGAAAUGAUUCCGGAUGCUGAUAAUUCUAGGAUAACAGUUAUUUUACCAAAAGGAGACCCCUUUAUCAAGAAGGAAACAGAACAAAGUCUUGUCCUUGUAAAUGUGCCCAUUGGAAAUGAUGGCAUCCAAAAAUCCAAAGGAUUAAACAUGUCUGGCAAGCAUGAGCAAUCUGCCAUUGAGAGAGUGAUAAAAAGCAAUAUCGACGUAGAAAUUACUAAGUCAUUGAACAGUCUGUCGUCGGCAAAGUCAGAAUCAGAGGCUGAUGGCGUUCGAAGGAGUUCUCGUUCAAGAACCCAGAAGCGGUUUUAUGAGAUUGACAAGACUGAAGAGCAAGAGGGGCACACUUGCACUGUUUGCAACAUGACGUUCAGCACCCUCAAGAAACUGCACAUGCACAAGAAAAGCCGAUCUCAUGACGUCAAAGCGUGUGCUAAAAGUUUAAUGUGCGAAAAGUGUAGAAAAACGUUUGGUUCAGCUGAUGAUUUGAAAUCUCACAACUGCAGCCCUCUGGUUUGCUAUUUUUGCAAUAGUUGGUUUGCCAAUACCAAGGAGCAGGAGCAACACCAGUCUCUACACGACGGCCCUUACAUUUGUGACAUGUGCGGCGCCACUUUCUCCAACCUCGAAGUUCUGCAAUAUCACAUUCUGUGGCACACAUCAGGAAAGGGCAGAAAAAGGUUGUACCAGUGUAAAGUCUGUGGGAGGUUGUUCAAGAGCCGAUUUGGUUUGAAGGGCCACGAAAGCAGCCACACUGAUCAGCGCCUCUACUCAUGUUACAUCUGCAAUACUUCUUUCCGGAACAAAGAUGAAAUGCUUUUGCACCGAAACCAGCACACAAAGGAGGAAAAAGAGCAUAAGCUUGGUGAGACGCCAAGAAAAAAGAAUCUGCAGACUUGCGAAGUCUGCAAGAAGGUGUUAGGAAGUAAAGCUAGUCUCAAGGUUCACAUGAGAAUACACAGAGGCGAGAAGCCUUUCGAGUGUUCGGAGUGUGGAAAACAUUUCAGACAAGAAAUCAAACUGCGCUACCAUUUACGUCUUCACAUGGGAGAGCUACCUUAUGCCUGCACUACCUGUGGCAAAAGAUUCAACACGCAACGGCAGUUGGACACCCACACCAGAAUGCACACCAACGAAAGGCCCUACAUCUGCGAAGUCUGUGGUCUUGGCUUUAGAUCGAUCGGAGUUCUUGGGCGACAUAAGAAUACGCACAGCGAAGAGCCUCUUUUUGCCUGCUCGUUUUGUGGCAAGAAAUUCCGCACCAGACAUGCCACGACGACUCACGAGAGGACGCACACAGGGGACAAGAGGGUCAUAUGUGAUUUGUGUGGCCGCACCUUUGCACACAAGUCAACAUUGGAUAAGCAUCGACGUCGACACGAGAAGCAAUUAGUUUAUUGUUUGGACUGUAAUAUUUCAUUUUCUAGCAAAAAGGAACUUAGGAGGCACUUUCAAAAGAAGCAUUCGGUCACAUUAGUGGCCCCAGUUUUUGAAGCUGUCAGAAAUUCAGAGUUUGUUUCGCUUUCUGUGCCAAAUGAUGAUUUAAUUGUUGAAGUAGUUGUUUGAUCUCAAUUUUGAUGUUCAUGAAAUUUUAAAAUUUUUUAAAGCUCGUCAAUAAAGUAAUUUUCAA